CCAACUAAUCAUCGGAUUACACAGUUAGAACAAGAAAAUGCAUCUCUUCGUCGGCAAUUUCUUCAAAUGCGAAAUGAGAAUGUUCCAAAUGAAACUUCCUCAAUGCAACCGGAGCCCGCCUUGGUUGCUAUCAGUCCAACGCGAAGCCAACUAACAGUUUCUACACCUCAAGAUUUCCGAUUCUCGCCAAUUGACCACCCCUCAAGUCGAGGGAGUCAUCCAGAGGUUCCCGAUAGCGAUCAUCAUCGCAAUAGUAUAUCGUUGUACCAUGGUCCAACCAGCGCAGUCUACGAUGAUACCACGAACUCUGGGGCUGGAGAUGAGAAUACAGAGCUAUCCAACUCUCCUAUUAAAGAUGAAUGGACUCGACACCUUCUUUUUGCAGAGACAGCAAGACAAAGACAGUUGGAACCUCUCAACCUUGCAGCAGGCAAACUCGAUUUCGAUGAAGUUGAUCCUGAAAUCGGAAUGCAUUUACUCUCCAUCUACUGGAGCCGCCAGCUCUACACGGCUCAGAUAAUCUACCGACCAGCCUUCAUGCGCGACAUGGCUUGCGGCGGGACAUACUUUUCCAGGCUGCUACUGAACGCUAUUUUCUUUACUGUCUCCAAGCACUGCCCACGACCGGAGAUCCGAUCGGAUCCAGAGGAUAUCACCACUGCAGGAUGGAGGUUCCGCCAGCGAUUCACCGAGCUCCUGCGAGACAGUUUUGAUAAAAGCGAGAUCACGACUCUUCAGGCAUUGCUCAUCAUGUCAAACUCCCUAUUUUCCAGAUGUGACGAGCGAAGCCUCUCUUGGUUGUACGCUGGGAAUGCUUUCAACAUGAUCAUAGAUCUUGGAUUGCAUGUGCUUCCUUCGUCCAACAAAAUGUCAGCAGAGGAGCUCGAGGUCCGGAAACGGGUUUUAUGGGGAGCAUAUUCAAUUGACAAAAUCCAAUGUCUCUACCAAGGAAGACCCCCACUUCUUCGUCAAAUUAACUUCAAAGCCUCUCUCAAUUUCUUGGAUGAAUACGAUGAGCUUGAUUCGUUCCAAGAUAUUACCUAUAAAUCAGUGCACCAGGGACCAGCCAUUCCCUCGCUGAAUGUAUCUCUUUUAUCGAAACUCUGCGAACUUUCCACAAUCACAGAACGCAUCCUCUGUGAACUAUACUCAGAAUCUCAAUCCAUGAACCAAAGACAAAGCCAAAAGAUCUCAAAAGACAUCAACUCCGAUCUAAGCAAAUGGCGACAAGGUCUACCACCCCAGAUCGACUACCUCCUUCACUCUUCCGAAUCCGUCCUCCUUCCACAAUCAUUCUGUCUCCUCGCCCUCUCCAAUGUCCUAAUAAUCCUCGCCCAACGCCCUCUCUUUACAGCUCACAACCAUUCCCACAACAGCACAACAGCCUACGAAUCCGUCAACAUCUGCACGACUGCCGCAAACCAAAUUGUGCAAAUCCUCCGCGACUAUUCCCAAAACUUUUCAAUAACAACAGCCCCCUACAUGCUCUCUUACGCAACGUACAUCAGUGCAACAAUCCACGCACGAAUAGUGGCACAAAAAGGCCGGAAUUCGAAUUCAUUCCAGUCGCUUAUGCUAUGUCGGACUGUUUUGCGUGAGCAUCAGUGUUUGUACAUGGCGGCCGGGAAGGCCGGGGCGAAUCUUGAUAGAUUGAUUGCUCGUUUGGGAAUCGAGGUUCGGGAUGGGGUGCAGGGUUGGAAUGGUGGUACUGAUCCUGGACUUGGGUUUGGUGAGCAAGUUGAAGAGGCUGUGGCAGCUGUUGAGCGGGAGGGUUUGACAGAGGGCACGGAUAUGGGGACUCCGCAGUUAAAUUGGGAAUUAUCGGAUCUUGAUCUUGAGACUAUUGCCCAAGGAUUUCGGCUUGAUGGAGAAUUGCAUUAUCUUAUGCAUCCAGUCGGAAUCAGAUGA